AUGAUUGCUGGUUUGUUAGGCCUUGGUGGAGGAUUUAUCUUGGGACCCCUUUUCCUUGGACUAGGCAUUCCACCUCAGGUUGCAAGUGCUACAUCCACUUUGGCAAUGGCUUUUUCUGCAUCCAUGGCAGUGGUGGAAUAUUACCUUCUCAAACGUUUCCCAAUUCCUUAUGCUCUUUACUUCGUAAGUAUAGCCACUGCUGCAGCACUUGUUGGACAGCAUUUGGUGAGAAAGGCAAUUGCCAUACUUGGAAGAGCCUCUGUGAUCAUUUUCAUCCUAACCUUCACACUCUGUGUUAGUGCAGUUUUACUGGGUGGAGUAGGAGUUGCACACAUGAUUCAAAAGAUUGAAAAUAAGGAGUACAUGGGAUUUGGAGACCUCUGCACAUACAGGGCCACAAAAUAA